GUGGUAUGAUGCCGUAUUGCGUAAUUUACGUCAGAGGAGUACUUCAUCACUGAUAUAUAUAUACUCCUAUCCUGUUUUCAUUCCGCAAGUAGCUGCGAGUGUACGCGAUCGCGUUAUAUUUCAACCAAUUAUGGCUUAUUCGCAGGGUGCUACUUUCGGUUCAACGCAAGGUCAUAUCCAGGUCAGUCCGGAGAUUCAAAAAUGGUUCGCAACACUUGAUCGAGAUCACAGUGGUCGAAUAACAGCUACUGAAUUAAAGAGUGCCUUAGCAAAUGGACAAGGGAGCACUUUUUCUGACACAGCUUGCAAGCUGAUGAUUGGAAUGUUCGACAAGGAAAAGAAGGGUACGAUAGAUAUUCAAGAAUUCCAAGCCUUAUUUAACUAUGUUAAUGCAUGGCUCGGUGUAUUUCGAGGUUUCGACCAUGACAACUCUGGAAGCAUUCAGGAGAGUGAGCUAUCAGCUGCUCUAACGCAGAUGGGUUAUAGAUUUAGCCCUGAGUUUAUAAAAUUCCUUAUACAGAAGAGUGAUUUUAAUCAACACCAAUCCAUCAGUAUUGAUCAGUUCAUUGUUUUAUGUGUACAAAUUCAAAGGUUUACAGAGGCAUUCAGGCAAAGAGAUGCUCAACAGAGUGGCACAAUAUCGAUCGCCUUUGAAGAUUUCUUGAGCGUGGCUCUCAACUGCAGUGUUUGAGAAUUUUUGAAUCCAAUACUAAUUGCAAAUAAUAUUUCUCAUUGCAUUUGCACAUUAACCUGUAUAUUGUUCUACGUGACCAACACAUUACCCGAAUUCUAUCUAUUCGACAGAUGAAAAUUUUCCAAAACCAGGCAGUUUACUGCGCUGGAAAAACAAGCUUAUUCAUUCAAAAUAAAUGUAAAUAACACUUUGUUAACGAUAAAACGUCGUAAGCUAAUUUUUUGGCAUUCCAAAUGAUUACAAAACGUGUUUGACUGCAACUAUUUCAACUAACUUAUCGAAAUUUUCCAAGGUCGAGCGACCAUUUCUGAGAUUCAAGGAUCACUAAUCAGCUCUGACUUGAGAACUAUGAAGUAUGGUGUAUGGCAUCCAGUACAAUGCUUCGCGUAGCCAAGUAGAAAGAAGAAGAAGAGAGCUUUGCGAUAUUCCACACGCAAUUGUUUGAUAAUCAGUCAACAAACUCUUAGCAUAGUCGAUAUAUAUGUCUAUAUCUCCAUGCUUGAUCCUAGCCCUCCAUAUCUGAUUAGGCUGGGAGGGACGGAUCUACUGUGCGUAUGCACGGACCGUGCUGAAAAGCGGAUCAAUUCCUUCAAAUUGGCCAUUCUGAAUUGCAUGUUUCUCAACUUCUAAGUCGUUGGCUUAUUCGAAUUAGCUACAUUAAUUAUUUUUUGUAAGAAGAUGAGAGAAAAAUACUCUAUAAUUUCGUAUUUCUAAUAUUAAGGAUGUUAUAAACAAAACUGGUAUUAUCCACAAUAGUAACUGUAGCGACUCAUUCGUUUCCUGAGAACAAUGAUGCAUAAUCAUAACAUGUGACAGUGAUAUGUGAUCGUCUAUGUAUUUGUUUAUACCUAUGAAUAAAUACAUUUUCACAAAGAA